AGGCAAAAAGUGAAGAAGCCUUUUGAGUAUUACAAAAAAUAAUUUCAUCAAAUAUAAUAGUUUUUUCUCUUAUUUUAAUUUGAAUAAUGGAGGUCAUGAUGAACAAUCACAACAAUGGCACCACCACCAACACCAAAAUUAUUCACAAAAAUGGUAGCAUUUGCAAUGGCAACUCCCAUACCCAUAAUAAUGAAAAUAAGCUUGUAGAGUUCACUAACUCUAUCAAACCGGGUUGGUUUUCUGAAUUCAGUGCACUCUGGCCAGGUGAAGCAUUUUCACUUAAAAUUGAAAAAUUACUAUUCCAAGGAAAGUCUGAUUAUCAAGAUGUCAUGCUCUUUGAGUCAACAACGUAUGGGAAGGUGUUAACACUGGAUGGGGCAAUUCAACACACAGAGAAUGGUGGAUUUCCCUACACUGAGAUGAUUGUUCAUCUCCCACUUGGUUCCAUUCCAUCUCCCAAAAAGGUGUUAAUCAUCGGUGGAGGGAUUGGUUUCACGUUGUUUGAGGUUUCUCGUUACCCAACUAUCGAAAAAAUAGACAUAGUUGAGAUCGAUGACGUGGUCGUAGAUGUAUCUAGAAAGUUUUUCCCAUACCUAGCAGCAGGAUUUGAUGAUCCUAGAGUCACUCUUAUUAUUGGCGAUGGAGCUGCAUUCGUGAAAGCUGCUCAACCUGGAUACUAUGAUGCCAUUAUUGUUGACUCUUCUGAUCCUAUUGGUCCAGCAAAAGAUUUGUUUGAAAGUCCAUUUUUUGAGGCAGUGGCAAAAGCUCUAAGGCCAGGAGGAGUAGUGUGUACACAAGCAGAAAGUAUUUGGCUUCACAUGCAUCUAAUUAAGAAAAUUAUUGCAAAUUGUCGACAAGUCUUUAAGGGUUCUGUUAAUUAUGCAUGGACUACAGUUCCUACUUACCCUACCGGUGUAAUUGGUUAUAUGCUUUGCUCUACGGAGGGACCAGAAGUUAAUUUCAAGAAUCCUGUGAACUCUAUUGACAAACAUGUCAAAUCCAAGGGACCUUUGAAGUUCUACAACUCUGAUAUUCAUAAAUCAGCUUUUAUAUUGCCGUCUUUUGCGAGGGAUUUGAUUGAAUCUUGAUUUUAUGGCAUAUUUAUUGUACCAAGAUUUGUUGUGUAUGGUGAAAUAAUAAAGAAGUUUAUGUCUAUGCAAUUUACUUAAAAUAAAAUGUAUAAUGUAAUAAUAAAGUAUAGGGAAUAGUUAUCUACCAAAAAGUGUAACAUUGUACGUACGAAAACUAUUGUUAUUCAUUGAUGUUUAUUUUGA